GUGCUUAGAUCAUUGGUAAUAAACAUCUGCUCCAGUAACCGUGCGAGGCUGGUCGGUGCAACCACAAAGUAAACACCUCCACCUUGGAUGAAUGUCCCACCUUAUCUCGGUGCAGGUGAAGUGAAUUCAAAAGGAAGCUUCCUAGUCUAAUGUUAAGAACACCAUCAACACCACCAUUUUUUCUUUCCAUCACUUCUCUUUCGGCAAGAAAUACUUCCAUCCCUUUUCCCACACUGUGCAGAUCUUACAUCUCGUCCGCUUACAAAAUGUCCAACCGAAAUCUAUCAACUGCGGAAGCAAAGGCACACGACUUUCUCGAUUUCCUCAAUGCUUCACCUGGUCCCUACCAUGCAGUACACUCUGCCAUUCAACGACUUUCUAAAGCGGGCUUCACAGAGAUCAAGGAGCGAGAUAACUGGUCGACCAGUUUACAACCCGGGGGAAAGUAUUAUCUCACCAGAAAUGCUUCUUCAAUCGUCGCUUUCGCCAUCGGUAAGAAGUGGAAGGCCGGUAACCCAAUUGCCAUGAUUGGUGCGCACACCGAUUCUCCUACCUUACGUAUCAAGCCGGUAUCCAAGAAACAAGCUUCUGGUUUUAUACAAGUGGGUGUGGAGACAUAUGGGGGUGGCAUCUGGACAUCGUGGUUCGAUAGAGAUUUGAGCAUAGCGGGGAGAGCCAUGGUUAAAGAUGGGGAUGGAAACUUUGUACAAAAACUCGUCAAAAUCGAUCGACCAAUCCUCCGCAUUCCUACUCUGGCCAUUCAUCUCAAUCGUGCCACAAGUUUCGAUCCGAAUAAAGAGACCGAAUUGUUUCCAAUUGCCGGGCUGGUGGCUGCCGAGUUGAAUCGUACAGGAGCGAGCGAGAACGGGCCGACUCCAUCAGAGGAGAGUAAGGACUCGGAUGAAUACAAACCCUUGCAAGCGAUGACCGCUCGUCAUCAUCCAUACAUUGUGGAACUGAUUGCAAAGAAUGUAGGUGUUGGUAUUGAUGAUAUCGUUGACUUUGAAAUGAUCUUAUACGAUACACAAAAAGCUUGUUUGGGUGGGUUGAACAAUGAACUCAUCUAUUCGGGCAGAUUGGACAAUUUGGGCAUGACCUACUGCAGCGUUGAAGGACUGAUCGAAUCGGUAAAGGAUUCUGCUGCUUUGGAUGAUGAAUCAUCAAUCAGACUAAUCACCUGUUUCGAUCACGAAGAAAUUGGUAGUACAUCCGCGCACGGAGCAGCCUCUAACCUUCUCCCCGCGGUUCUCAGACGUCUCUCCGUGAUCCCCGCUUCCACUGCCGGUCCCGGCUCAUCGUCUUCCUACGACAUGGUUCACCGUGAGUCCGACGUCGAAAUCGCCACAGCCUACGAACAAACCCUUGCUUCUUCUUUCCUCAUCUCUGCAGACAUGGCCCACUCCAUCCAUCCCAACUACGCGCAAAAAUAUGAACAAGACCAUCGUCCUGAAAUGAACAAAGGAACCGUCAUUAAAAUUAACGCAAAUCAACGAUAUGCCACCAAUUCCCCUGGUAUAGUCCUUCUUCAAGAAGUUGCCCGUAAGGCCAAACCUUCCGCAGAUUCGAAAGAUGGAAAGAGUGGUGUACCACUCCAACUCUUCGUGGUCAGAAAUGAUAGCAGUUGUGGAAGUACUAUUGGACCUAUGUUGAGCGCAGCGCUAGGAACCAGAACCCUUGAUCUGGGUAAUCCAAUGUUGAGUAUGCAUAGUAUUAGAGAAUGUGGAGGAGCAUUUGAUGUAGAGCAUGGAAUUCGUCUGUUUGAAAGUUUCUUCAAUCAUUUCUCGCAUUUGGAGGGAAAGAUCUUGGUAGAUUAGUGGUGAGGGGGGAAGCGUGAAGGAGAAUAACGGAUGGAGUUCUGGUACGAGAUUGGAAUUAGCGAGAUGAUGUUUAGGGGGGUGUGGAGAUUUGGUGAUGUCAUCAUUAUUGAAUGGAGGACAGAGAGAAAUGAAUGAAUUAUGAGAUAUGAGAUCAGAUGAAAAGAAGAGAAAAUAAAAAUAAAUCUUAAAAUGAUUGCUUGGAUAUGAAUAUGAGAUGAAAGUGAUUAAGGAAUCUGUAUAAAUAUACACAUUCA